GUCAGACCUCUAUUAUUGGAGGUUAUUUUUAUUAUUUUUAAACACCAUGGCGGGGAUUCAACGGCAUAAUUAAAUAUUUGCUUCAUCGGUUGUUGGGGACGUGAACUCGAAGCGCGCAAACACCACGGAGAAGUUCCACCCGUUGCUUUUCUCUCCGCGAACCACCUUCAUUGGCUUCCGGAUCCACCGAUGCCACCCGGACCGCCGGCUCAGCCAAUCACGGCCCAGUGCGAACGACGCGAGCGGUAACUCUGAACCCAAACGCCGUGGGUUCGUGUUUUUUUUUUCCCCUCCUUUAGGGGCGUAUUUUUCUUGCCAAUUUUAAUUACAAACCAAACCUUCAAUGCACACCGCGCAAUAAUGUUACGUGCAUUUUCGAGACGAACAUGGACCUCGCCAAGGUGAUAACACUGCACAAGCGGCCCCGGGAAUGACGCUUAGAGACGUUUUCAUAAGAAGUCGCGUCGACGGACGGCUGAGGAGGGCUAGCGCUAGCCGCCGUGCUAACCACCGAACAGUACGCCGCCGUCGUCCCCGAGUAUGACCGGCGUGCCUACUCGCAGCCGGUGAUCAAUAAACGGUAUAAAAUAAGAGAUUUCAAAUGAGGAAGCUACGACGGCGCGGUGGCCAGUCUGGUUACUGCAGGGGCAGGGGUCGGGGCAGGGGCGGUGCCUCCGGCCUCGCCGACCUGGACACACUCUUUCGCCCUCCCUCUCCUUAUCGACUGAACUUCUCGGUGACGCGAGACACGCUGACGUACGCCCAGUCUCAGAAGAUGGUGGAGGUGGAGCUGGAGGGCCGGCUCCACCGUCUCAACAUCUCCGACCCGCUGGCCGUCGUGACGGAGGACGAGAUGCUCGCGCAGGAGGUGGCGGAGCGCAACAGCAACAAAGAAAAUAGCCGGCGCGUGCCGAGCCGCGCUCGCCAUGGCAACACGCCCUCAGCGACCAAGACCAGGAGGAGGGACGGGAAGCACGGGGGCGGCAGGAGCAGACGCGCUGCCCCCCACCACUGCUCCCCCGCUCGCCGGGGAUCCUCCCACCAGCACGGUCAGCUCGACGGCAGCCUGCCCAAGCCCACCUUCCGCCGGCUGGACGGCUUCGUGGCCUCCGAAGCCCCGCCCCUUCCCGUGGCCUACUACCGCUACGUGGAAAGGUCGUGCGAGGAGCUGGAGACAGAGGCGGAGUACGACAUGGAUGAGGAGGACAUGGCGUGGCUGGAGAUGGUGAACCAGAAGCGCGUGCACGACGGGCACGCGUCGGUCCUGCCCGAUACCUUCGAACUCCUGAUCGACAGGCUGGAGAGGGAGUCCAUUCUGGAAUCUCGGAGCCAGGCGCUGUCCCAGAGUACCGUGGAUGAGGACGCUUACUGCUGCGUGUGCCUGGAUGAUGAGUGCCUCAACAGCAACGUCAUCCUCUUCUGCGACAUGUGCAACCUGGCAGUGCACCAGGAAUGCUAUGGUGUGCCCUACAUCCCGGAGGGCCAGUGGCUGUGCCGACGCUGCCUGCAGUCGCCCUCCCGUCCUGUGGACUGCGUCCUCUGCCCCAACCGUGGCGGUGCCUUCAAACAGACCAGCGACGGCCGCUGGGCACACGUUGUCUGUGCCAUCUGGAUCCCCGAAGUGUGUUUCGCCAACACGGUCUUCCUGGAGCCGGUAGAAGGCGUGGGCAACAUCCCCCCGGCCAGGUGGAAACUCACCUGCUACCUGUGCAAGCAGAGGGGGAGGGGUGCGUCCAUCCAGUGCCACAAGGCCAACUGCUACCGGGCGUUCCACGUCACCUGCGCCCAGCGAGCCGGCCUGUUCAUGAAGAUCGAUCCCGUCCGCGAGACGGGCGCCAACGGCACCACAUUCGCCGUGAAGAAGACGGCGUUCUGCGGGAACCACUCGCCCCCGGGCCUGGAGGCAGGGGGCACGAAGGAUGGGGACAGAAGCUUCGUUGGAGGUCGAGGUAACCGAGGUCAAAGGUCAUACACCCUAGGCCCUGCUCCACAGCAGAACCAACGGGGCAAAAAGGGCUCGGCCGCGCCGCAGAACAAGAAGACCAGGAAGAGUGCAGACGGCGUGUCGCGCAAGACCGGAAUACCGCUUCUCCUUGUUCCCCAGAUCCCCUCUUAUAGGCUUAAUAAGAUCUGCACCGGUGUGUCCGUGCAGAGGAAGAACCAGUUCAUGCAGCGGCUUCAUAACUACUGGCUCCUGAAACGUCACUCCCGUAACGGCGUCCCUCUUAUCCGCCGCCUCCACGCCGGCCCGCACACGCCCAAGGCCGAGCAGAUGGAGCCAGACGCCAGGGUGCAGGCGGUCAGGGCGGAGCUGAAGUACUGGCAGAAGCUGCGGCAGGACCUGGAGAAAGCGCGCCUCCUGAUCGAGCUCAUUAGGAAGCGGGAGAGGCUAAAACGAGAGCAGCUGAAACUCCAGCAGGCAGCUCUGGAGGUCCAGCUCACUCCGGCCUUGGUGGUCCUGCGCUCCACCCUGCAGCAGCUGCAGGACAAAGACACCGCCUGCAUCUUCACCACACCGGUCAACCUGAAGGAGGUUCCGGAUUAUCUGGAGUUUGUUUCUGAGCCCAUGGAUUUCUCCACCAUGCGCGAGAAGCUGGAAGCGCAGAAGUACUGCUCUGUGGCGGACCUGGAGGCUGACUUCAACCUCAUGGUCUCCAACUGCCUGAGGUACAACUCCAGCGACACGGUGUUCCACAGGGCGGCCCUGCAGCUGCGGCAGGUAGGGGGCGCCAUCCUGCGACGGGCCCAGCGCCAGGCUCUCAGCGCAGGCUUGGACCCCACCACUGGCAUGCACGUUCCAGACUCGGCAGGCAAAGCCAAUCCCAGCAAGUCCUGCUGGGACGAGGUGGACAUGCUUUUGGACCCUGAGAACCGAGCUCACAUGUCUCGAGAGGACCAGCUGAAGGAGCUUCUGGACAAGCUGGACACGGUGACGUCCAUGCGCACGAGCGGCGGACGCACCAAACGCAUGCGGAUGCUCCGGAGAGAGAUCAACAGCCUCCGGCACAAGCUCAGCCGCCAGCGGCGCAACUCACGCCUGCUAAAAUGCAACAUCGGGGAGGAGGAGGAGGGUGAGGGGGAAGGCCACGGCGACAAAAUGAACUACGCAACAACCAUUGCAGAGUCUAGAAAAUCCACAUCUCAGAAACCUCAAGAGUCCGCGAGUCUGACCUCCUCUCCUUUACCUGGGGAUGCACCUCCCAGUGCUCCCAUCUUCUGCCUGGAGACAGGAGGCACGACCACUCCGGGCCAGACCAGCAAAAGGCAGCGGAGCAAGGCCAGGAGCAGGGCGGGAGCGGGAGGUCCAGCGGAAGCUCCCGGACAGACGGCAGUAGGAGAUGCUAACCUCCAGGAGAAGGAGCAGCCAGCCCUGGCCGUCUGCCUGCUUGAUGCGCACGUGGAUGGAGUCCCGUCUCCGGAGAGCUCCACCUCCCCACCCGGGCAGGGUGUGGGCCGCCGCACCGCCGUCCUCUUCAAGAAAGCGAGAAACGGGGCCCGGCCGUCUAAGAGCAAGCCCGCUCCGGUCCUGAACGGAGUCGGCGCCGAGGACGUGGCAGAAAAGCUGCCCGCGCCGAGCUCCGAGCAGAGCAUGCCGUCGGGGCCGCCCAGUCCGGAGUCCCCCUCCCCCUCUGCCCAGCGUCUGCCCUCCGGAAUGGCCAGCGCUAGCUCCAACAGUAAGGGAGAGAAUUCCCACUCCCCAUCCGACGAGAACGGCCUGACAGAUGGUGUGAAGAAUCAGAGAGAUGGCUCACCAGACCCUGAGACGACGAUUCCUACUUCCCAAAACCUCAGUCCCUCGCCUCCCAAACGCAGUCGAGGUAAACCAGCACUAAGCAAAGCCCUGGCGGUGGAGGAGGAAAGGACCGAGCCUGAUCCAGGCGGGAGCGGUUCCCAGAAGGAGGACGACCUGGAGCCUCUCAGCUUGGUUUGGGCUAAAUGCAGAGGGUAUCCGUCCUAUCCCGCUAUGACGGUAGACCCGGACAUGCCUAAAGAGGGAAUCCUUCACAACGGCAUUCCGAUUCCUGUGCCCCCAGAAGACGUGCUGAGGCUGGGCGAACGCAGGCAGACCGAGGCCGAGGACAAACUCUUCCUCGUGCUGUUUUUCGACACGAAGAGAACCUGGCAGUGGCUGCCACAAGAUAAGCUCCAUCCGAUGGGAAUCGACGACACCGUGGACAAGCUCCGCCUGCUGGAAGGCAAGAAGCCGAACGUACGGAAAUCCGUGCAUGUGGCGUACGAGCGGGCAAUGACGCACCUCAGCCACGUGCGGGAAAACGCCAACUUCAGCCCGUCCCCUUUCAUCUGAGGCACAGCGUGGGAGAGCCAGACGCGCUAGCACAGAGGAACAGGAUUACUGAGCAUAACACGAAAUCUGCUUAUUUUAUACCGAUUCCAAAUCCUCGUUUAAAUACUUUUAAGCUAAUUUAUAGAAAGAUUUUUUUUAUUCUACGUCUGUCAACAUCACUGUCGUUAACGGUCCUUCUUUUUUCUACUGAGGAAAUGGAGGCACAAACAUUAAAAGACGCAAUGCAACAUGUUCAGUUAGUUUGACGAAACAUGAGAUCUUGUUGUGAAAGGUCAGAAAGCUUGUGACUUUUCCUUGGGUGGCAUUAGUCAUGUGACCUAGGGACCAAGUGAAUAAUUUAACACUUGCAUUCAUAAUGCAGGCCUGUCCUAACUUAGACAAAAUCAGAAAAAUCAAAUAUUUAUGAAGAGCUUUUACCAAACGGAGAUUGGCAAGAUGACACACGAAUUUAAAAAACAUGAGGUAGCUCCUUUUUGUGAAACAUCUGGGUUAUGGACGUGCAUGUUGGAAGCUAAUAUUUGCGAGUGAGGUGUCCAAAGACGUUUGUAUUUAAGAGACUUGGGGCUGGGUUUUCCUGGAUGUGCACAGACUGCUCCGGCGUGGCCAUGUCCGUGUGGUUUUGGUUGUGUGGUGUGUUGUGGACCUCAUGCUGUAUGGUAGAAGAUGGGUGUGAUUAGCAUCCUUUAAUAAUGCAUACCAAACAGCCUAUUUAAAUGUCGGCUGUAUGCAGUAAUGACUAGCUCUGCCCAUACCCGAUGCGCAUAAAUAGAGAGAGGAACGGGGCUGUAACCCUACCACUACUCCCAACCUCCCGCUCCACAGUGCCAUUCUGUUGCUCACCUGAUAGGGCAGGUUGCUAGCAGCACCAAGGCUGUGGGUUCGGGUUCCAGGGAGUGCGCGCACACAUGCACACCGUGUCAUGUACACUGAUAAAUUAUAUGUAUGUUGCCCUGGAUAAGAGGGUCUGCCAAACGCCGCAAACGUAACCUGACAGCAGCCGGUUCUUCACUUCAGACGUCAGCAUCCCGUCAUCCGGCUUCACGUCCUUGUGACGGAGCACCGAGCGUGUUGCUUGUCAUGAGUGCUGUUCCGUCACGGUUACCUGCUGCUCUUUCAUUUUUAAUCCUGAUCACGGACCUCUGGCUGCUCGGCCUAUUGACAAUGUAUUUUACAGAGUUAUUGUUUUUAUGGCUCUACGCUGUCAAAAUAUCCCAAUUUUUUUUAAUUGUCAGUAUAUAGCAAAGUUUAUUUACUAGAAGGUUUCGUACACGGGACAAAUCUAUAAGCACUAGAUUUUGGGACAGUCCCUACUUCUGUACAUAUGCUUGCAUGUAUGUAGAACAUAUGCACAUGUGUUUUUGAAGAUUUAAAAUGUAAAUUUAAGUAAUGCCAAGAUUUGUACAUUUCACUUUAAUUUAUAUUGUGUGGUUACGGAACUGUUAUUUAAUAGUAAUUAAAGAGAUUUAAUUUAACAGCAUUAUAAUGUUCAGUAUCACUGCAUAUAUGAAACUGGUCCUUAGUCAAAAGUGGAUCCUUGGAUCAUGCGUAGACGGUAAAACAGAAAAAAAGUGUUCAGGUUUGUUUGUUGUUUUUUUUAAAGCCUGUGAAAAACAGCAAGUUGUACCAAAAACAUGUCGGAAACAGUAUUUUCGCAAAUGGAAAUAAAUACACUCUUCAGUCUGUG